AUUUUGGCUCAAACAAAGUCAGAAACAUUUUAUCUCUGAUAAAGUAUUUUAAAUUGUAUCCAUAAAAUAUAAUAUAAAAGUCUGCAGGACAGCACUCUUGUUUCCACGAGUUAACAUUUAAUGCAAAUGUAACUUUUUCUUGUUUUUACACCGCGUAAGUAGUAGCUAAAAGUAGCUGGGGUUAAAAUCUCCUGCUGAGCUUCAUUGUCAGCCAAGCUGUCUUGACGUUUUCUAAAUUUAGCUUUGCUGUGUGUCUUAACUCCUGCAAUGGGUGGCUGCUCCGCUCCAAACUGCUCCAAUUCAACCAGCAUAGGUAAACAGCUGUUUAGAUUCCCCCAAGACCCUGUCCGUAAGAAGAAAUGGGUGGUGAACUGUCGACGUGACUUCGAACCAACUCCUCACUCCAGACUCUGUCAGGACCAUUUUGAGCAGAGCCAGUUUGAGGAGAUAGCGAGGUCUCCAGCCGGGGGAAAGAAGCUAAAGCCCAAUGCCAUCCCCACUCUGUUCAGUAUUGGAGACCCUCCUUACCCUGGAGUCACUACUCCAUACAUCUUGCUACCCAUGAAACCUGAACCAGUGGAGAAGGAGCUGAACUUCAGGGACCAUGGCUAUGCCAGGCGCACCCCUCUGGCCGGCCUGGAGGAGGAAGAUGCAGACAGGACUGCCGAGGACCAGCGGCCCUGCACACAGUGUCAACUCCUCAAGAAACAGCUGGAGCAGGAGAUGCAGCACACUGCCAGGCUACAGAAGGAGGCAGAGGAGAUGAAGAAGCGUCUGUAUCGGCUCGACCGGAUCGAGAAGGGCCUUCAGAACUUUCUGUAUGAGGACCAGGUUCGUGCCCUGUCCCUCACCAAACGCUCCCGACGUGCUGUCUGGUCUCCAGAGACCAUCCUGAAGGCUCGAAAGAUCCGCUGUGCAGUUGGCACAAAAGGCUACGAGUACUUGAGAGAGCUGGGAUACCCUUUGCCCUCCUACAGGACUCUGUGUAACCGCCUGGAGACUAAGAUCAUGGUGACGACUGACAUGAGCUGUGAGGAGCUGGCAGAGCUGGGGCUCAUGGCCACCUGUGACAGUCCCACAGAAGGUGUUGGGGACAAUGAUGAGGAGGAAUUGAUUGGUGUUUUGUCCUGAUCGUGGCAGUUUGCAUGACUUACUGACUCUAACCAAGGGAAGAAUGUGCAGAAUUUGCUGUGUACUUCAAGUAACAGAAAAUGGGUAUAUUAUGCUUCUCAUCACAUCUAUGAAAGACUUAAAGGGACAGUUCACCCCAAAAUAAAAAAUACAUAUUUUGCUCACAGCAAGGUCUGUGGAUUAUCUUGAUUAUUGAUGAAUUCUGGAGAGAGACAUUGCUGUUGAGUUUUUCAAAUGUAUUUUAUUGGCGCUUUGAGCACCACAAGCCGAGUGCCAUGUUGUCCCAUUCUAUUCCAAAAUUGCAGACAUCUCUACAGCCGAUAUCUCCAAAACUCAGCAACUCGCACCAAAACAAUUUAGAUGGAUAAAUGGCACUACAGGCAAGAGGACAAAUAUGUAUUUUUGAUUUUGGGGUGAACUGUCCCUUUUUUUUAAGCAUCAAUAUAGAUGUAUGCUUCAUUCAACAGAGAUUGUGAGUUGACUCAUUUGAACUGUUACCUGGUUGUGCUUGUGAUCUGCACCACUAGCACAUGGCUUUGCUCAACAGUUGUGAGAUGCUGGGGCUUGCAGUUAGCCUAGGUUUAUGCUUAUGGUGUUUCUUACCAUGAAGAUGCUGAGCUACAGUACGUGCUGCGACAUGUAAGGAGAUGUACGAUGUAGUCUGUGACAAAGUAAACUACAGUUGAAAGUGUGGCAUUGUGUGGAACGUGUAGACAUAAUUUGCACAAAGCAUGUUGAAAUUUGCUGCUUGUGUUUACAGCUGAUUUAACAAGUGUUUAACUUGUGGUGUUUGCAUGCACAAUGAAUCCCUGGUAGUAUUCAUGAUACUCAAAUGUACUGAGAGCAGUUAAGUUCACAUCCUGGGAUAGGUAGCUAGUUUUAUGAUAUUAUGAGGGCUACUGUGGCAUGCAAAUAUGUUACACUAUAAACUGUUUCCUGCACAUUAUGCAAGCUUUAUUUUUUGUUACAAUUCACCCAGAAUAUUUAUCAUUUGAUGGUGUGUGUAAAGCAGUAGCACACAACUGGUAUAAAAGUGAGUGUCUAGGAAGAUGUUUGCAUUUAAACAUAAUCAGUGGGGUCUCAAACCAUGCUGUUUGAAAUAACCUCUAUUACAAAUCGUCCAAAUGCUGUCAUCAAAAUUAGCGUUGAUUUCCUUAAUUCAUGUAGCCUAUUUUGACCACAUUUGCAAAACUGAAACAUUUGCUGUUUUUCCAGAAGGUUCCAAACUUUUCUGUCGGUAACAAAUUAUAGAAUCUGUUAGGGAGCUGUGUGUAGUCAACAAGGGAAUAAAAGUAAACCCUCCAUUGGUAAAUAGCUACCGGCAGUGUAAUUCUAUACUACAUAGAUUGUGAAUUUAAUUUUGUAGGAUAUUUGAUUCUGCUCUUUCUUGAAGUAUUCACAUUUGCGGUGCAGUUGUAAUUACCACAAAAAGAAUAUCAAAAAAAGCUCAGGCUAGUCACAGUAAGUCACAUGACAACAAUAUCCAAAACACUGGCACUGAGAAAAUAAAGUGAUUGAAUAGAA